ACAGCACUCGAGUCCAUGGUGAUGUUGCUAGGCUGCCUUAAUGAUGCAGUAACACUUCGCUCUGUUUUCCAGCAGGUCAUGUCAGUUCGUCCAGAUCUUCAUCAGCACUAUGUGCAGGCCUGCCAAAGCUUGGGUCAGCCUGAGAACCCUUUCAUUGCUCAUGUGCUUCAGGAAGUCGAUAGAAGUGAUAAAAUUACAUGGACCAAGGGGAUCACACUGAAAAUAGCUGGAAAUAAUCAUCUAGUGCCUGUGCAGAGAGUUACAGAUGAUGAUCUUAAGGUUCUUGCCUCUGUCUUACGUAGUUCUGUGUUUGUCACAGGUUUAGAUCUUAGGUGGAACGUGUUGACUGAUGCUGGAGCAAAGCACAUGGCAACGUUCCUCCAGGAAAACUCCACUCUGCGCUACCUUAACCUGAUGUUUAAUGAUAUUGGCACAAGUGGAGCAGAGCUGAUAGCAGCAGCGCUCCAUAUGAAUGAGACCCUUUCAUAUUUGAGAAUGACUGGAAACAAAAUAGGAAACAAAGGUGGGGUGUUCUUUGCUUCAAUGCUACAAAUUAAUUCAACCUUAGAGAAGCUGGAUCUUGGAGACUGUGAUGUGGGUACCCAGUGUCUAAUAGCCAUAGCAACAGCCCUGACUCAGAACCGAUCACUCAAAGCAAUUAACUUAAAUCGUCCUUUACUAUACAGCCAAGAGGAAGAGACCACAGUUCAUAUAGCUCUGAUGUUGAAAACCAACCCUUCUCUUGUGGAGCUACACUUGUGCAAGCAUGAAAUGAAAAACUUUGGCGUAGAGCGCCUGUGUGAGGCACUGUAUGAAAACUCCAGCCUGAGAUACCUUGAUCUUGGCUGUAAUAAAAUCAGCCGUGAUGGUGCAAGGUUUCUGGGAGAGCUGCUGAAACAGAACCAAAGGCUGCAAGUGCUGGACCUGCAUGCAAACAGAAUAGAAGAUGAGGGAGCCAUCUACCUGAGUGAAGCCUUGGCUUUGUGCAACAGGACUCUGCGGGUGUUGUCAGUGGUAAGCAAUGGUCUAAGUGGCAAAGGACUGGUGGCUCUUUCAGAUGCAAUGAAAACAAACAUGGAGCUUUCCUACAUUUACAUCUGGGGGAACAAAUUUGAUGAAGCCACCUGCAUGGCAUUUUCAGAAUUAAUUCAGACAGGCCGCCUGAAACCUGAUUGCACAGACGUGGAGCCAUAUGAGGUGGAUGGGCAAGUUCACCUUGCAGAGCUCUCCCAUGGCCUUCAGAAGCAUUACUACUGGACACCAAGCUGUGGGGAGGAGACAAACAAAGAUGCUAAUGCCAGUCUGGCAAUUGUGGCUGUCACAGAGUACCUGUGAGUGAGAUGCUGAGGCUGAAUCAGAGAAGCUGCAGAGCCUGUGGAUGGAGUAUCAUGACCACAGGAUCCUCUUCCACAUGGCUGCUACAGAGGAAAUGCUGCUGGUGCCCUUCCUGGCUUGUGGCCUCUGCAGUUGAGUGUUUGUGUAGCAGGCAGAGCCCACAGGUGACGUUGCUGUGUCUCAGCCAGGCAGAACAAACUGACAAAAACCUUACUCAGGACUGCUGCUGGGCAGCAGCUUUGUUUGACAGCAAACCAGAUGUGCUACAGAACGAGGUUCCUGCUGAAGCUGAGAAGUUUGGGUAAAUCCAUUUGUUGCUACUGUGCCCUGUAUACUCUCCUUUUACAGAGAAGCUAUAAAGCAUGCAGUUGCAGUUGCUAAGAGGGUCUACUUUUUUAAAACCAACUUAAAUGAACUUAAGCAUUAAACCACUGUAAUGCUGGGAUUUUAAAACCAGUGAACCUGGUUUGCUAGGAUAGAAAUGAAAUUCAAUUAACUUGCAGCAUGUAUUACAAAUGAAAAACACCACCAAACUCGGUGUCAUUACUUCUUCCUAUUGGAAGAGCUUUCUUUCAUUAUAGCUAUGUGGCAACUCCUGCAGAGAAAUCAGAUUAACAUGAGCAUAUCAUGGUAGGUAAACAUUGUUUAAUGGUUUGGAUGCAGACUUUGUAGAAGUUUGGGAAUCCCUCAGCUUGUUUCCUUUGUCCACCCACUCUGCUGAUGCCUGUAGAAGUGACUAGAUUUAUGCUCCUAUAUAAACCAGCUAGAACAUCAGAAGU